AUGCAGGAAAUUGACUUAGGAGACAGGAGUGGUCUCAUCGACCUAAUCUAUGGUCCAUCCAAAGAUACUAUUAGCACAGCGUCUGUGAACACAUUAACACCUCUAACAGAAACUGUGAAGGAGAAAAAGGAGAAGAAAGAGAAAAAGGAUAAGAGAGAGAAGAAAGAAAGAAGAGAAAAGUCAAAAGUUUCGUGCUCCUUCUGCUCAGCCUUCAUCUUAUUCCUCUUGGCAUGUUUGGCCAUUCUUUUGGCAGCUUACGUUGGUCACUGGUAUACCAGAAUGGAAUUUGAAAAACAUUUCUCAAUGGUCCAAUAUGUUCCUCAAGCUCGUAGGAAUCUAUCAGAUUUGAACGAAGUUUUUUAUGAAGAAGAGGAGAUUGACACAAGCAUUCCUACAGCUGCUGAGCUGAAGCUUCCAGGAACCUUCAUCCCUAUUUGGUACAAUGCGACCAUAAGGUCGUACUUACCCGGUUACGGAGAAAUGGAACCGUCAAAGAAUUUAACGACAGAAGGACAUCUGCUUGUAAAACUGAGAGCGGAAUCAGAGGCCAACCAGAUUGUUCUUAAUGCUCACCAUCUUACCUUCCCAAAAGAUCUUGGUAAAAUCCAACUGUUCUCUGAGAGUUCCAAGAAGGUUCGCAGAGCAGCUAGCUCUCAGAAUGAGACGGUCGAGGCUGAUGAUGACAGUAAUCUGAUCAAAGAUAUGGCAAAGGCUAAUGAGUCUUCCGACUCAGAAAUCAAGACGAAGAAACAAAAGAUUAAAGAAUCAAAGCCCAUGAUGGAGUCGUACACGAUGUUGGAUAACAAGAUUAUUUCUCUUGUUUACAACGAAACUCUUCAAAAGGUUGUUCUCACAUUGAGCACCGCUGUGAAUCAAGGAGAAGAGGUCAUUCUGAAGCUUCCAUUUGGUGGAAAAAUUGAUGACUCCCUAAAUGGUCUUUACACCAAUGUUUAUUCCACCAAAAAUGGUGAAAAGAGAUUCAUAGCAGUUACUCACUUGCAACCAACUUAUGCCAGGAAGCUUCUUCCAUGUCUGGACGAACCUCAUUUGAAAGCGGUUUGGAAACUCUCAAUCAUUCAUCCAAAUGGUACAGUUGCCCGUUCGAAUUCUGAUGUUGAAAAGGAAUACAACAAUGAAGAUGGAUGGACAACUACUUCUUUCUUUGAAACCUCUCCCAUAUCGUCAUACUUGCUGGGGAUGACGAUCACAGAUUUUGAAAGCGUGAAAACCACUAGCAGUAAAGGAGCUGAGAUCAGAAUCUGGUGUCGUCCAGAGUUGUUGAAUUCUACUCAAUAUGCUUUGGAUAAUGUACCCAAGAUCAUCGAUGCAAUCGAAGCGUACUACGGGAUUGAGAUGCCAUUCAAGAAGCAGGAUAUUUUUGCCAUUCCCGCGUUUGAAGCCGGAGCUAUGGAGAAUCCAGGAAUUAUAAUGUUCCGUGAAAGCCGUCUAUUGGUUGAUCCCCUAGUUGAUGAUGCUAGACAAAAGGAAAUCGUACUGAGAUCUCUCGCUCAUGAACUCAGUCAUCAGUGGUUUGGCAAUUUAGUAACUCUGUCUGGUUGGGAUUCUCUUUGGCUGAAUGAAGCAUUCGCCCGUCAAAUGGAAUACUCCGUGGUUGAGAAAGUCCUGAACGGGAAAUUGAAUGAACAUGAACAUGAAGUUGCCAUUUCUUUGGAGCAUGCUUUAGCUAGAGACUGCCAGUCUUCUUCACACCCACUGACUGUCCCCAUAGAAACUGCAAGUGACGCUUAUGAAAUUUUCGAUAUGAUAACUUAUGAGAAGGGAGCAGCUAUAGUACGAAUGAUCAAGCAAGUACUAGGUGAGGAAACGUUUAGGAAAGGAAUUCAGAACUAUUUGAAUGAAAACAAGUUUGGCAGCGCUAACUAUACCAAGCUAUGGUCAUCACUGAAUCAAGUCGUUCCAAACACGUUACUCUCAUGGAACGAAGAGAAGUUUGAUGUAUCUGAUUUUGCUAACAAAUGGAUUCUUCAAAUGGGAUAUCCAAUCUUGGAUAUAUACCGCAUAGACUCAAAAACAGUGGAAAUCACACAAAGACGUUUCAAAAUUGACAACUUGACUCCUGAAAAAGCAAAAUACCGUAACGCUCUUUAUUGGUACAAGUGGGAUGUUCCUCUCUUCGCCGAAGUCAACGGCAAAAAGCAAGAUAUGGUUUGGUUGCACGAAGCUACUAGAUUACCUCUCAAUCUAACUGAUGUUCUUGUUGUCAACCCUGAGUCUUAUGGAUACUAUCGAGUAAACUAUGAUGAGGCUGGGUGGGAUGCUUUUGCCAAACAGCUCUCUAAAGACCACAUGAAACUCUCCACACUCAGCAGAGGCAGAAUACUUUCUGAUGCUUUUGCUUUAGCAUCAGCUAGUCAGCUUUCCUAUGAGACUGUUUUCAACCUCACCUCCUAUAUCACAAAGGAAACAGAAUAUCUCCCAACCAAAAUAGCCUUAGAAGGUCUUGUUGCCAUUUUCGAGAAAGUAGCUGACGAAGAUCAUGCUGACGAAAUGAAGAAUUUGAUCUUGAGCAGGGUUGAAGGACUGUAUGGAAGCAUUGAUCUUCAAACUGUUUCGACAGCUGAUGAAACUAAACUUCUAGAAUUGAAGAGAAAGCUGAGUAUUGUAGGAGCUUACUGCAAACUCAAACCAUCAACUUGCAAGAAAAACUUUGACCACAUGUUCGAAAAGCAACUCUUGGCCGUCUGUUCCUCAUCUAACCAAACUAGUGACUGCUCAAAAGUUCCUUCAUCUAUGAGAGGAUUAGUUUACUGUUAUGGCUUGUCCAAAGGAGACGAGGAAACUUUCGAUUUGGUUCAGAAAUAUGCCCAAAACGAGAUAUCUGCCGGAGAACGUGUUAACCUCAUGAGUGCACUUGGUUGCAGUAGAAUUCCUUCGAAACUGAAAAAACUACUCCGUGAUUCCGUAAUCAAGAGAGACGGCAUAAUCACCAAAUCUGACAUUCAAACUGUCGUGUCUUCGAUGAAUACUCAUGAUGUUGGAAAUCUGAUAGUCACUAACUACAUCGUUGACAACUGGAAGGAGAUAACAGAGAAGCUUUCAGAUGAUAGAGACAUUCUUUCUAUGCUUCUGAGAUCUGGGCUCUCAGUUAAGAACGAAAGAGAACUUUCUCAGAUUCAACAUUUCAUCUCGGAUCAUCCACAGUCCACUCGUGGUUUCUCAGCUUUCAGGACUUCAAUGGAAACAGCAAGAACGACAAUAAAUUGGAAUAAAAAGAACAAAAAUCAGCUCUCAUCCUACUUCGAUGACAAAGAACAAGAGAUGGAUGAAGACAAUAAGAAGAUGACUGCAAGCAGUAGACACUAG